AUGGGUGCUUUGGAUCAUCUCUCUAACAUCAUUGAUUGCUCCAGCAUUCGCCAUUCCAAGCUCAAGAAACGCAAACAGCUGCAGACAGUGGAGAUAAAAGUGAAAAUAGAUUGUGAAGGAUGCGAGAGGAAGGUGCGACGGUCAGUCGAGGGUAUGAAAGGUGUGACCUCGGUUCAGGUGGAGCCAAAGCAAAGCAAGCUUACAGUCAUUGGCUAUGUAGAUCCCGAGAAGGUUGUGGCUCGUGUGGCUCGUCGCACAGGCAAGAAGGUCGAGCUGUGGCCCUACGUCCCAUAUGAUGUUGUUGAACAUCCUUAUGCACCUGGUGUCUAUGAUAAGAAAGCCCCUGCUGGGUACGUGCGGAAUGUUCAGGACCCUCAAGUUUCACAACUUGCUCGUGCGAGCUCGACUGAAGUUCGUUACACCACUGCUUUCAGUGAUGAAAAUCCAACUGCAUGUGUUGUCAUGUGA